AUGAAUUCAGAAUCACAAUCAUACACCGAUGCUCUGGAAGAGAUUUUUGAUAAUAAUUUUGUCGAAAAUCGAUCUUCAGAUUUAGGGGAGUAUGAAUUUGAAUCAAACAAUAUUUAUCUUGAACAUCAUAACCCUCUGCAGGAAGGUUUAGACAUAAUAGAAAAAGGUGGAUCGUUAUCCGAAGCGGCCUUAGCAUUUGAGGCCGCUGUUCAGAAGAAUAAUAGUAAUUCUGAUGCAUGGAUGUUGUUGGGGAGUACACAGGCCCAAAAUGAAAAAGAAGAGGCCGCAAUCAGGGCCCUGCGGAAAUCCGUCGAUCUAGAUGGCACCAAUCUACCCGCUCUUAUGAAUCUUACUGUCAGUUAUAUUAACGAAGGGUUAAAUCUCGAGGCGUAUCUCACUCUUGAAAGGUGGCUUACUGCAAAAUAUCCAGAUGUGGUAGCCCAGACGGAACCCAUGGAUGAACCUACAGACACACGUACUCGAGUCAUUAAUCUUUUUCAAACAGCUGCCCGUAGCGCGCCGGAAGGUCAGGAGAUGGAUCCCGACGUUCAAAUUGGGCUGGGUAUUCUCUUUUAUAGUAGUGGAGCGUCUGAUAAGGCCGUCGAUCACUUUAAGUCAGCGUUAAACAUUCGAAAAGAUGAUUACCAGUUGUGGAAUCGCUUAGGUGCCACUCUAGCUAAUUCUGGUCGUUCAGAAGAUGCCAUCGAGGCUUAUUAUAAAGCUUUAGAGUUAAAGCCAACAUUUGUUCGUGCACGUUUCAAUCUGGGAGUUAGUUGUUUGAAUCUUAAACGUUACCAAGAGUCGGUCAAACAUCUACUUAGUGCCCUAAAUAUGCAUCAAACGAGUCCGGGCAAUGAUGGAUUAAAGAAUACUAGUGCUAGCCUUCGACAUGCUUUAGAGAGAGUAUUUCAAUCGAUGGAUCGAAAUGAUUUAAGUGAAAAGCUUAAUAACGGUUUAGGUAUUGACCAAUUUCGAGACGAAUUCGAAUUUUAG